AUCGUCAACGCUCGCCCCAGCCACAAUUGCCUUUCACCUCCUUCCUUCCUCUGCUCCUUAGCUAUAUUUUUCCUUUUCUUCCAGACAAUGGAAACUCCGCGGAUGGAAAAGGCACCUCCACUAUCACCGAGUGCUCAAGUAGAUGAUGUUGGGCAAUUACCGCAAGAACCUCUCACAGGUCCCAGCGUGACCCAUCCGCCAGAGGAUCAGCCAGGAUCGUCUGCCUCGAGGCCCCGUUCUCCGCAACCCAGAUAUCAGAUAUCUCAACCUCAUCUCACGUCUUCAGGAUCUCAACAGCUUAUGCUUGACCCUACUCUGGUCGAUCAUUCGCCAAAUCCCGUUUCGAGGCCAAGGACACCGUUGGCAAAGCCUCAGCUGGAGGGCAAACCUUUGUCUUCGCCUAACGGCAGUUUGAUUGGCGUGGGUGAGCCCUCCCAUCUGUUUGGGCCUGAAGGGUCUCGACCUCCAGGAGAAAGACAGUUGAAUGUGACGGACGCGCUGAGCUAUCUGGACGCGGUGAAACUGCAGUUUCAGGACAAGCCAGACGUGUAUAAUCAUUUCCUAGAUAUCAUGAAGGAUUUCAAAGGCCAACAGAUAGACACACCGGGUGUGAUUGAACGUGUUUCUAUGCUAUUUCAAGGCAACCCAAAUCUAAUUCAAGGCUUUAACACUUUCCUUCCUCCCGGUUACAAGAUAGAACUCUCAACCGAUCCCAGGAACCUGAAUGGAAUCACUGUCACAACACCAGCAGGCGUCGUAUCGCAACCCAACCAUCUUAUGGGUGGACCGAUGCGACUGCCGCGAGACUCUGCUCAGCCAGGUCUACUCCCUGCAUUCCCUCCACAACCACCAUUCGGACCACCACCUGUUCUGCCUGUGGGUGUUGGACAAGGCUCACGCCCAGCGAGCCCUAUGAUGCAUCCUAUACCCCAUCAUAUGCCUGGGUAUGUAGACGAAACAUCACCGUAUCUUCCGGGUGAACAAGAAGCGGCGGUGAACUUGAAUGGAGGACGGAAUUCACCUAUGGAGUUUAACCAUGCCAUCCAGUUCUUGAACAAGAUCAAGGUUCGAUAUGUGGAUGAACCGGAUACCUACAAACAGUUCUUAGAGAUCUUGCAGAACUUUCAGAAGGAACAGAGACCGCUUCUUGAUCAGUCGCAGGUUUUUCCACAGGUCCAAAUGCUGUUCAAGAAUGCUCCUGACCUCAUGGAGGAGUUUCGAGCAUUUCUCCCCGAUCUUGGUGACUCACAGGCAACUCUAGGAUUCCCAGGGAUAUUGCCACAUGCCAUUGCCAGCACGUCCAAUUGGCAUCAGAACGCGGAGAGCCCGUCUCUUAGUGCUGAAAAGCCCAAAGCUGCGAGCCGUCGGCGGAAACGCAUCGCAGAGAAAGAACCAGCGGUGCUGCAGAAGACUGCUGGAGGUAGAGCUUCCAAGAAAGCAAAGACGAACCAUAAGCCUGAACCUGCGUCACCACAGUUCGCUUAUGAACACCUUCCUUCACCCCAACCUUCUCACCUUCAUGCACACCAAGCAACGCUGUUGUCUCGCCAUCAGCAAUAUACUGCUCACUUGAACGGCACCCAUGCACUAUCCUUGCCCAACGGGUCUAGCCCACAGGGUGAACUGGCAUUCUUCGAUCGCGUCAAGAAAACACUUGAGAACGGAGGGACAUAUGAAGAGUUCCUGAAGUUGCUCAAUUUAUACGCACGAGACGUCAUUGAUGUCGACACUCUUAUUGAGCGUGCGGAUAUUUUCUUGGAUACAGAUCUAAUGAGGCAAUUCAAGGAGCUUAUGGGUUGGGAGGAACGAUUUAGUACUAUUGAGAAUGGUCCUCCUGGAAGUCUCAGGACUUCGGCGCCCGAUAUGUCUGCUCCACCACCUGAUGAUGGACUUGGACCUAGCUAUCGGAAACUACCUGCGAGCGAGGUCCGCCUGGCAUGCUCAGGACGCGAUGAACUUGCCCGAUCAGUCCUAAACGAUGAGUGGGUCUCGCACCCCACCUGGGCUUCUGAAGAAUCUGGCUUUGUCGCACAUCGCAAGAGCAACUUCGAGGAGACUUUGCAUAGGUGUGAAGAAGAACGCCAUGACUUUCAAGUUCAUAUUGAUGGGCUUUAUCGUACCAUCGUUGUCCUUGACCCUCUAGACGCGCGCCUCGAGGAGAUGUCUCCAGAAGAGCGCUCGUCAUUCAGGCUGAAACCAGACUUGGGAGGGUCGUGUAAAGCGAUAUACUCACGGACGAUGCGCCGAAUUUAUGGGCGCGAUGCUGGUAUGGAAGUCAUGCGCGGUCUGCAAGAGUGCCCCAGUGUCGCCAUUCCUGUGGUUCUUUCGAGGUUAAAGCAAAAGUACGAAGAAGUUCUGCGGCUUCGGAGGGAAUGGAACCGCACGUGGAAGGAGAUCGAUUGCAAGAACUUCUACAAGGCCUUGGACCACCAGGGGAUCACCUUCAAGCAAAACGACAAGAAGAAUAUCACGACUAAGUCGUUCGUUCAGGAAAUCGACAACGCGAGAAAGGAGCACAAGAAGUUGCGGGACAUGAAAGGAGGAACGUUCUAUGGAACGUUGGGACCCCAUUUGCAAUAUGACUUCAAGCAUACUGACGUUUUGCAUGACGCUCUCAAGAUGAUCUAUACUUUCCUGGAUCACUCCCACUCGCAGUACAGCCCAUCAGAACGGCGGAGCGUCGAGAGGUUCCUCCGAAAUUUUGUUCCCGUGCUCUUCACAUUCUCGCAUCAGGAAUUCGACGCCGCCUGUGGACCAACUGAAUUCGACCAUGAAGAUGCCGAUAAUACAGACCAGCGUGGUGGAAGACGUUCCGUUUCUGGUAGUCGUUCUACCGGCGUCGCCCCAGGCGAUCUUCGAAAACGGCUUCUGAAGACUGUUCAAGAUAACUCACCGCGCAGGAAAAAGGGCAAGGAUUCGCCUCUACGGUCUGCAGACUCUGCUUCGCCCGCGGCACCGAGAAGCCCAGCUGUCAUCUCCAAAAACCUGGAGGACCCUGAAAGUACCAAUCUCCACUCUAACCCCGAGGAUUUCUGGAUCCGGGAAUUUCUAGGUAGCCCUGAGGAAGGUCGUGUCAGUGCUGGUGAAACACCUGUCUCGAGUCGCCCGUUCUACGCCAACACGACCUUCUAUACAUUGCUGCGGUUGUUGCAGCUGUUGUAUUCGCGCCUGCAAGUUUGCAAAGAAAUCGGCGCGCGGCACGCCAGGGAGAAACAUGCGUCUUUGAAGCCGAACCCUAUCGCAGUGCAGUUAGGGCUUGAAGACCCUAGUGGUCCAGGUGUGGUUUUGGCACAGGCGAUCGAGGCGGUUGGAAACGUUGGUGUCUCGGGCGAAGAGCCGAAUGUCCUUUACAUGUACCUGUUGGAUGCGUGUGAAAAGGUGUUCGAGAACGAGCUGGAUCAAGCGACAUUCGAGGAACACAUGCGUUGGUUCUUUGGCACAAAGGCGCACCAAGUUUUUACGCUAGACAAAGUCAUCACGGCAAUCAUCAAGCAGGUUCAGACGAUUACGGCAGACAACAAGUGCCAGGAAUUAUGGGAUCUGCUGCAAAAGGCCCGACGCGGAGAAAUGGCGACGAUCCACGAAAUAGUCCGGUAUAGACGCGAGGCGGAACGAAACGCGGGGUCAGAUGAGCAUCUAUACAAGGUGGACUGGGACAUGCGCUCGAGAACACUACGGAUCCAAUUACUCGGUGCUGAUGACCCGAGCAUCGAGGAGGACAGCUCAAGACUGGGCCGAUGGCGACAGUAUGUUGGGACGUAUGUGACACAGUAUCCCACGGAGUUACUACCACAAGGACGUGCGAGUCGCGCUAAGGCGGAGAAGAGUCGUUUAUUCUUGAAACGGAGGUCGUGUGUUUGAGGACUAAACCUUGCUAUUUCUGGGUGACCAAUCGGAAUGGAAGUUCAGGGUGCUGAUUGGAUUUGGUGCUUCUAGGUCUUUGAUCGAUGGCGACGGUGCGGACCAGGAGGACGUACAGGAGGCGAGCAGCAUGGGGGUGUCUAUUAGUCUUUCUACGUAUCGACUACAGUAUGAGGCGGGGACGGAGGACGUGCUGUGGAGAGUACGACGGUCGGAGGAAGAGGAGCUAUUUGCGCGUGCGCAGGCCAGGAGUGCAGAACGAAUCCGUUCGCGGUGGCUGAAGUAGCCUAGUAUGGGGAAUAUUAUUCUGCGUAGUUAGCGAUCUCUGGGUUUGAAUUAUUUUUGGUAAAUGGGAUGAUGUAUAUUUAUAGAUUUCCUAAAGCGGUGUUUUGUUGCUAAAGAUAUC